UACCCUAUAUAAGGUUUGCGCUCUCCCAUCGUUACUUGGUUGUUCCCCAAUUCGGGCAACUUCUCCGAGACUUGGCAAACCGCACACCCUCACAAGUGAGCGCAAAACCUAGCCCCGCCGACGAGCAGCAGCAGAUCAGCGCAGAUUCAGCAGGAAGACUUCGCCGAGAUCCAGCAAUCCGCAAGAACAAGAUCAAUCUAAUAUCGAUUGAAGUCCAUCGUCGAGCACGAAGAUUUCUCAUCUAACUCUAUCAACAAGCCAGAUUCACCCAACUGCGCCGACAUCGUAGAAUGGUAGAGAGUGAACCCAACUCAAAGCACAAUCAUAAGUGUGAUGUAAAAGACGAGCGGCUAAACGGCUGUGGCUCAAAGGAUCUCGAACUUGCCCGUAUCGGAACAAAGGGCAAGACCCUAGAUCCAGAGAAAGGAUCGUUCGUUAAAGCAGACUUCGAGAAGGCCAUUGAACUUACCGACUAUGGCAAGUUUCACUACUUCCUCCUCACGGUAUGCGGCUUCGUCAGCACCAGCGAGGAGAUGGACGUAAUCUCUAUGUCCUUCAUCCUCCCAAGUGCACAAUGUGACUUGAAGCUCGAUACCCAAGCCAAGGGAUGGCUCAACUCGAUCAUCUUCAUCGGUAUGAUGGCGGGGGCGUACGCCUGGGGCUCCGUCGCGGAUGCCUUGGGUCGUCGUAAGGUUCUGAUCGCCAUUUCCUUCACGAACGCCCUUUGCAUCGUAGCGUCCAGCUUCAGCCAGUCCUAUGAACUCUUCAUGUUCUUUCGUUUCCUCAACGGCGCUGCCCUUGGAGGCAGUGGCCCGGUCAUCUGGUCCUACUUCGCAGAGUUCCAGCCAAAAUCUAAGCGAGGCUCGAUGCUGUCCUUCAUGGCUGCCUUCUGGACGCUUGGAAAUCUUUUCGUUGCUGGUUUAGCAUGGUCAAUCAUCCCUAAUGACAUCGGUAUCACGAGUGUAGCGUUCACUUAUAAUUCCUGGCGAAUCUUCCUGCUGAUCUGCGCUGUUCCAUCGUUCAUCGUCGCGGGGCUGCUACUGCUGCUCCCUGAAUCCCCCAAAUACCUCUUGUCUUGCGGAAGAUACGAGGAGGCACUCGAUAUUUUCCGCGGGAUUUAUGCCAUUAACACUGGUAAACCUCGUGACAGUUACACGGUCAAAGAAUUGAUUUUGGAUGACUUCCGUGAACCGGAACAACCAACAAAAAAUGGCAUCGAGAAGAACAAAUGCAAAACAAUGCUCAGCGAUAUUGUAGACAAUAGUAAACAACUGUUCAUUUCACCGAUACUUCGCUUCACCAUUAUCUCCAUCAUCAUCAACUUCACCUUUCACAUCGGUUAUUAUGGUCUCAUGAUGUGGUUCCCCGAACUGUUCAAUCGUUUUGACGAGUUUCAUCGCGAUCAUCCUGGUGAGGUCGCCUCCAUAUGUCAGGUGACCGAUUACGUCGUUCAAAAGGGUUCUUACAACGUCGAGAAUCUUUGUUCGGACAAGAUUGGUGCCUCCGUUUUCAUGGAAUCGCUGAUUACUGUGGCGUCCGCCAUCCCAGCGAAUAUCAUCGCCGUUUUGGGAAUGGACCGUCUGGGUCGUAAAUUCUUCCUUGUGUUUAGUACAUUGUCGUCAGGACUGUGUUCGAUAGGAUUGUACUUUGUGUACAACAAGCAGCACAACCUCAUCGUUUCAGCAUUCUUCAGCGGUGUGAUAAGCUGUGGUAACGCAGCCUUAGACUGUCUCAUAACAGAAGUUUUCCCAACACACCUGCGUGCUACAGGAAUUGCAAUUUCCAUGGUGGCAGCGCGUCUUGGUGGAAUUAUUGGAAACAUAGUGAUAGCUCAACUUCUGGAUAUGUACUGCCCUGCACCAACUUUCAUCGUUGCUGCUCUCCUGAUUGGUGGAGGAUUAUUGUGCUUAUUUUUACCAAACACAACACGUGAACCACUUUCUUGAUACCAGUGGAGAAUUACAUCAGGGCUGACUAAUCAAUGUGCAAUCACACAUGCAUUCAAGUUGACAAACUUGCAAAGUCUUAAAGCAACACAUUACACAUCCAUGCGUUUCUGCUCACAUUCAGUUCAUAAACAAUCCAUUGUAAACAGCCUAUCAAUUGAGCUCCACAUUCCUAUUUUACAUAUCAAGUUCAAAUGGCAAUAAAGUAGUAUUAGCGAUUAGAACGUGUAGUACAUAGUAGAGUAUAUUUUGGAGAGUACAUAUAUAAUACGAAUGUGAAUUCGUAUGACACUUUCUUUAUAAGAAGACAAAGAUUUCACAUAAUUUCUAUGUAUUUUCACGUAUUAAUAUUCAAUAGAACAUUACGUCCUGAAUAUGUGUAGAUUUUGUACACUGACAUUAAAUGUUAAAUGUAGAUGUGUAUUCCAUUAUAUUUACAAUAUUUUGCCAUGUACUUUUGUACCUUUGUUCAUAUUUUAAGUACAGCCAUCAAUGUUAUAUGUUGUGUACCCUCGUAUAUUUGUAAUAUAAAAUGUAACAAUUGCAAGGCAUUUGAAAUGUAACAACGAAAAACAGUAAAGUUUUAAUGAGAAAUA